UUCAGACCAGCUGGAAGCUCACACCUGCAUGUCGCUCGUACAGGCGAUGCAGUUUGGACUGCCACCUGCAGAGACAGUGCAAGGAAGAUACUUAAGAGCUUUCUGUGUGACGGUGUUUCUGAGUGUGUUGAUGCUCCCGCUGCUGAGGACUGUGGGAUUGCGUGCGUUUUCAAUGGCGACCGAAGCGUAUUCCUCUGGUACUCACUCUGCAGCCUUCGUCACCUGCCCCAAUGACACGGUGGCCAAAGACCUGGCCAGAGGGAUAGUGGAGAAGAAGCUGGCAGCGUGCGUGAACAUUGUGCCCAAAAUCACAUCAGUAUAUGAAUGGCAAGGCAAGAUUGAAGAAGACAGUGAAGUGUUGCUGAUGAUUAAGACACGGACUACAAAGAUCUCAGCACUUGCUGAAUAUGUUAGGUCUAAUCACCCGUACGAAGUGGCCGAGGUCAUUAGCUUGCCCAUUGAUCAGGGAAACCCUCCCUACCUGAAGUGGAUUGGAGACAUUGUGCCUGAAUAAAUACGCAAAAUCACAGAACUUUUAAAAAAUUCUCCACAAGUCCAGGGAAAUGGACAAUUUUUCUGUACGUUUGUUAAGGAGGCAUGAAUCUCGGUUUAUUUUGAUAUGGAAAUGUUAGCAGAUCUACUGAUUUCUGCACUAAUAAUGUAUAGCUGUUACUUUAAAUCCUGUCAGUUUCAAUUGAAUAAAACGCUGUUGUAAAAAG